GUCGUCGUCGUCGUCGUCGUCGUCGUCCUCGUCGUCGUCGUCGUGUUCGCGUCGUCGUGUCGUCGCCUCGUCGUCGUCGUCCUCGUCGUCGUCGUCGUCCUCGCCGUCGUCGUGGUCCUCGUCGUCGUCGUCGUGUCGUCGCCUCGUCCUCGUCGUCGUCGUCGUCGUCGUUGUCGUCGUCGACAUCUCGUGGGCCCGCACCGCCUGCCUGGGCGGCGCGCCGCCAGGGGAGGGCCGCGCGCCGCCGCGAUGGGCGCCCGCGCCAGCGCCUCGUGCCUCUCGCGGCGCGCGCCCGAGGCCGCCGCGGAGCUGGAGCACUGCGCCGGCCCCACCCCGCCGAGGGGGGUGCCGAAGGUCGCGGGCUCGAGGAGCGCCCCGGUGCUCCUGCCCACCCGCCCGCACGACGACGGCGACCUCCCGCGGGCCGGCCUCCACGGCCCCGGGGACGCGGCGGCCGCCGCGCGCCCCGCGAGGGCGCGCCGGGCCGGCCGCCACGUCACGUUCGGCGGGGAGGAGCUGAAGCACUUCGAGGUGACCGUGGGGCGCAUGCGGAGCGUCCGCUGAGGCUGCGGCCGCCGGGGGCCUCCGCGCCGUCCGGAGCUCGGCGCCGCGGCGGCCACGCCGCGGGCGGGGCAGGAGUCGGGGGCCACGGCAGUCUUGGCAUCGCUCGGACGUGUGGCUUUUUUUUUCUCGGCAAGGACCACCGAGGAGCAUCCAGGAUUUUUUCAUAUAUAUGCACAUCCCCGUUCCUAUGUUUGCCAUCGCCCUGCCUCGUUGCCAGUCUCGGGGAUUUCUUCAGUUUCUGAGGGCACAUCCCUGAGAUUGCCACCGCCUCGGUUUUGACGAUUUUAGGGAUAGGGACAAAUUCGAGGCUGGUUACCCGAGUCGCUCAUUCAUCGCCGAUAGGGGCACAAUGGCCUGCACGGCUCAGGAGCGUGGAGACUUGCAAUCGGUAUUGCCAGCGUCUCUUGCGAGCAACCCUGGACACAAGAUCCGGGCAGCCCCUGUUCAGGCGCGAAAGGCGCCAGCGACUAGUUUCGCAAGCAGCGGCUACAUCGAGGCUCCAUGAUAAUGCUAGUUUCUCACAGGAGUCCAUUUGUUGUAGAGUUGAGCGGUGCCUCAUAAA